UAAUUAUAGUCAUUACUUUAUCAGCUACACAGCCGAAAUAACUUUAUUAUCUGUUAAUCGUAGAUAAGCCAAUAUUUUCCAUAGCAUAUGUCAAUAUAGUCCCCUUUUUCGUCGUAAAAUCGAUAUUCAUUCCUUUUUUGUGUAGCAACUUCUAUGACGCGCCCUGUAUCAAAGCCAAUAUUUUUUAAACAUGCGCGUCAACUGUCUACCUUGCAGGGGAGGAUUCCAUUUCGAAAUAAAUAAUAGCGGUGAACCAAAAACGCUCUAUUUUAUCGUUGAGAUACAGUAAACUUUUGCUAUUUAUCAUAAAUUAAGCAUCACUGUUACUCAUGAAGCACCGUAAAAGUGUUAAAACCAGUUUUCAACGAAAUUAAUUUGUAUUUUAAAUAUGCACCCAAGUUUAUUCGAAUCAUCGGUUUAUACUAAAUAAUUCAUAAAAAAACGAAUAUUGAAUGUAAAUUGGAAAUUCAGUGACUUUAAUUAACAACCAUCGAAACGCAUGUUAUCAAUAAGAUAUGCUUGAACUGAAGUAUUUUAAUUAAGAUUACAUUUAAAAAGUAGAAAGCGAACCGCUGGCUGAAGAUUUGUGAAAGUGGAACGCAAUUGUGUUGGACUUAGGUUUAACAUUAAAUAUUUACUGUUUGAAGUGACGCGGUCUCCGUGAUUUAAUAAGAAUAUCGAGAAAGAUGGACCCGUCUAAUAAGUCCAGUCACUUGAACAUCAUUAAAACGUGGUUAUCCAAACAGAAUCACUUGCCGCAAAACAUAAGUGAAGUGUUAUUAAAUAGAUUUCUACACACCUGCAACUAUAGCAUAGAACAAACGAAAAACUUGAUCGAACUUUUCUAUACGUUGAGGUCUCAAGCCCCGGAAAUUUUUAGUGACAGGGAUCCCGCAUCGCCAGAAAUAUUGGAAAUUUUUGAAAAUUUCGACUUCAUUCCUCUGCGAUCGCUGUCAGAAACCAAUGAUAAAAUCUUCAUAUACCACAUAAAAAAUCCUGAUCCAGCCAAAUAUCAUUUCAUUAACGCCCUAAAGGCGUUUUUUAUUUUGGCUGAUGUUAGAAUGGCAAUUGAAAAAGAAAUUCCUGAUGGAGAAAUACCUAUAUUUGAUAUGACCAACUUCACGUUGAAACACCUGACUAAAAUCAAUUUACCUGUUCUGAAGAAAUAUAUGAUGUACACCCAAGAAGCUCAUCCCAUCAAACUGAAACAAAUUCAUUUGCUGAAUAUUCCUCCUUUCCUUGACCGAUGUAUGCAGAUUGUAAAACCAUUUAUGAAAAGUGAAGUGGGAAAAUUGGUACAUACUCACCUACCAAAUUCGAACAGUCUUUUUGAUUACGUAUCAAAAGAUGCUUUGCCCAAGGAAUAUGGGGGCUUUGCCGGAGAUAUUGAAGAUUUGAAAGAGUGGUGGAUUAAAAAAAUAAUGGAACAUCGGGACUACAUUAAUGAUGAAUCUAGAUGGACUGUGGAUGAGACGAAAAGAUCUGCUGGCAAUAGUAAUUUAGCUAAAAAUGUGUUUGGCAUGGAAGGAAGUUUUAGGUCGCUGUCAAUCGACUAGAACAGGGAUGAGCAACACGCGGCCCUUUAAACAAGUUUAUGCGGCCCGCCAAGCAUUUCUAAAAUUGAAUUUAUUUCAUCGACUCAUUAUAAUAAUAAUAAUAA